AAAAACACUUAAUGGUUAUCAUGUGCUUGUGAAUACAAUUUUUUUAAAGAUAAUAUUAUAAGUAUAAUAUAUUUCUUGAUUGUUUAUCUAAGUGACAUUGAACUAGGUUACAAUGAAGUUGUUCCUGUUAAGUUGCAUAAUCACAUUGAGCUUCGCGCAAGAUAUUAACCCAAGAAAGUUUCCUCCAAACUUUUUGCUCGGAGUUGCCAAUGCUGCUACCCAAAUAGAGGGCGGGUGGAAUGAAGAUGGUAAAAGUGAAUCCAUAUGGGAUCAUUUUGCCCACAAUUUUCCAGAAAAAAUAGCAGAUAAAUCAAAUGCAGACAUUGCUUGCGAUUCUUACCAUAAAUACAAAGAAGAUGUAGCUCUGAUUAAGGCUAUGGGGUUGAACCAUUACCGUCUUUCUAUAGCUUGGACUAGAGUUCUUCCCACUGGAAGGACGGAUAAUGUUAACGAAGCCGGUGUUCAAUACUACAAAAAUGUGUUCAAAGAACUGAGAGACAAUGGCAUUAUACCAAUGGUAACUUUAUACCAUUGGGAUUUACCUCAAAUUUUGCAAGAAGAGAUGGGAGGAUUUAUGAAUGAAUCCAUUGCUGACCUUUUUGGAGAUUAUGCAAGAUUUUGCUUUGAGACCUUUGGUGAAGAUGCCAAAUGGUGGGUAACUAUAAACGAACCUAAACAGGUUUGUCAGGUAGGAUAUGGUGCUGGAAGAUACGCUCCGGGCAUAAAGUCCAACGGUGUUGGAGAUUAUGUCUGUGCAAAGAAUUUAUUACUGGCCCAUGCAAGAGCUUGGCAUAUUUACGAUGAAGAAUUCAGAGAAAAAAAUCAAGGAAAAGUAGCAAUAGUUGUUGAUGGAUCAUGGGCAGAACCUGGAAGUGACAAUGAAGCUGAUAAAGCUGCAUCAGAGAGGGCUCUUCAUUUUGGUGUUGGGCUUUAUGGUAAUCCAGUAUUCAAUGGCGACUGGCCCGAAUUAGUGAAACAGCGUGUUGCGGAAAGAAGCAAACUAGAAGGUUUUAGCGAAUCUCGUCUUCCAGCUUUUACUGAUGAACAAAUCAAAUAUAUUAAUGGUACUUCCGAUUAUUUGGCUUUGAAUCAUUACUCAACAAUGAUGGCCAGUGAUUCAGAAGCUCCCAUCGGUCAACCUAGUUUUGACAACGAUAUAAGUGCCAGAUCUUGGGCCAAGCCAGAGUGGACACCUACCUCACAAUGGUGGUUCUAUGAUCUUCCGUGGGGUCUCAGAAAAUUCCUAAAUUGGUUGAAAAACACUUACAAUAAUCCAGAAAUAGUCAUUACUGAAAAUGGUUACGUCGAUAACGAUGAUACUUUGGAAGAUGAUAGAAGAAUUCAUUAUUUAAGAGGUUAUUUAAGUGCCUGUUUGGAUGCCAUAUAUGAAGAUAAAGUUAAUUUGAUAGGUUACACAGCUUGGAGUAUUAUGGAUGACUGGGAAUGGACUGGUGGAUAUUCAUCCUUUUUGGGAAUGUACAAGAUCGAUUUCAAAGAUCCAGAUAUACCAAGAAUCAAGAGAAAAUCGGCAGGGUAUUUUACAACCAUUGCACAUAAUCGUUGUUUGAUAGAUUUGGACAAAUGUAUUGAAUAAUAUUAAUUUAUUGAAACUAAUAAAUAAUAAAAUGAC